AUGGUGCUGGAUGUGGUCGAAAUUGCGGAUUUGCACAACGGCAUUAAUCUUGCUGCGAUGUUCGCGAAAAUGGUCGAGGACUUCAACAUUGCUGUUAAGCUGCGUGGUGUUACUGCAGACAAUGCAUCCUCGAACAACACAAUGAUCGAUGAGCUGUCGGAGUUGCUCGAGGAAUUUCAGGGGCAGGCAGAUCGCUCACGCUGCUUCGACCACAUGGUAAAUCUUGUCGCGAAGUCCCUGCUGCAUCAAUUUGAUGUGCCCAAGGGAAAGGCUGAUGAGGCACUUGAUAAGGCAGAGCGUGCGCUGCGUGAGCUCAUCAUCAAUCUCGAUAUCGAUAACCUUGAGGGCGAGAAUGACCAAGAGGAGCUGGCGGACAACGUUGAAGGAUUGGAGGAUGAGCAAGAUGGCCUGUCACCCGAGGAGAUUCGGGAGCUCAAGGAGAGCGUGCGACCUGUGAAACUCGUCCUCAUGAAGCUGCAAAAGAUCACGUUGGCGAUUAUUUGCUCAUCCACAAAGCUCCUCCCCAUCUGGUUGAAGAUCGUGGCCACGUUCAAGAUGCUGGAAAAUAAGAUGCCAAGGGAUGUCACAAUGAGAAAGCCUAUAGAUGUAAUUACACAGGACAGGUCGACUAAGCUCAGGAAGUUCGAGUUGAGUGACGAGGAAUGGCAGAUCACUGAGCAACUGCGUGACAUUCUCAAGAUUUUCAAUGACGCCACAUUGUAUUUCUCUUGCGCAACCCCGUCACUGCUCAUGGACAUAAUCAAUGAGCAUUUGACUGACCACUCACUGGACCACAAGUACUUGCCCUGCAUUCGCACGGUGAUUGGCCUCACCAAAAAGACCCUUAACCGCUACUAUGACAAGACCGACCAGUCGAAUGUCUACUCAAUUGCUAUGGUGCUACAUCCCUCCCACAAGCUGGAAUAUUUCAAGAAUGCUGCUGGCUGGGAGCCCCAGUUACGAUUCCUGAGAUUCAGCUUGAAACUGCGGUCAGAAUGGCCACUUGGUUUAUCCAAAUCCGAGCAGAAUUGA